CGCGCGGGGCCAGCUGGGCGAGCCGCGCCUGAGCCGCGCCGCGGAGCCAGCCGAGGGCGCCGGCCCCGACGCCGCCCGCACGCGAAAAUGUUGGAAAUCUGCUUGAAGUUGGUGGGCUGCAAAUCCAAGAAGGGGCUCUCGUCGUCCUCCAGCUGUUACCUGGAAGAAGCCCUUCAGAGGCCAGUAGCAUCUGACUUCGAACCCCAAGGUCUGAGUGAAGCAGCUCGUUGGAACUCUAAGGAAAAUCUUCUUGCUGGUCCCAGUGAAAAUGACCCCAACCUUUUCGUUGCACUGUAUGAUUUUGUGGCCAGUGGGGAUAACACUUUAAGCAUAACUAAAGGUGAAAAGCUCCGAGUCUUAGGCUACAAUCACAAUGGGGAAUGGUGUGAAGCCCAAACCAAAAAUGGCCAAGGGUGGGUCCCGAGCAACUACAUCACACCAGUCAACAGUCUGGAGAAACAUUCCUGGUACCAUGGGCCCGUGUCCCGCAACGCCGCUGAGUACCUGCUGAGCAGCGGGAUCAACGGCAGCUUCUUGGUUCGGGAGAGCGAGAGCAGCCCUGGGCAGAGGUCCAUCUCACUGAGAUAUGAGGGGAGGGUGUACCACUACAGGAUCAACACUGCUUCUGAUGGCAAGCUCUACGUGUCCUCAGAGAGCCGCUUCAACACCUUGGCCGAGCUGGUUCAUCAUCACUCAACUGUGGCAGACGGGCUCAUCACCACCCUCCACUACCCGGCCCCCAAGCGCAACAAACCCACCGUCUACGGCGUGUCCCCCAACUACGACAAGUGGGAGAUGGAGCGCACAGACAUCACGAUGAAGCACAAGCUGGGGGGAGGCCAGUACGGGGAGGUGUAUGAAGGCGUGUGGAAGAAGUACAGCCUGACGGUGGCUGUGAAGACCCUGAAGGAGGAUACCAUGGAGGUGGAAGAGUUCUUGAAAGAAGCUGCAGUAAUGAAAGAGAUCAAGCACCCUAACCUAGUGCAGCUGCUCGGGGUCUGCACCCGGGAGCCCCCAUUCUAUAUAAUCACUGAGUUCAUGACCUAUGGGAACCUGCUGGAUUACCUGAGAGAGUGUAACCGGCAGGAGGUGAACGCUGUGGUGCUGCUGUACAUGGCCACUCAGAUCUCAUCAGCCAUGGAGUACCUGGAGAAGAAAAACUUCAUCCACAGAGAUCUUGCUGCCCGAAACUGCCUGGUAGGGGAAAACCACUUGGUGAAGGUGGCUGAUUUCGGCCUGAGCAGGUUAAUGACAGGGGACACCUACACAGCCCACGCCGGGGCCAAGUUCCCAAUCAAGUGGACUGCGCCUGAGAGCCUGGCCUACAACAAGUUCUCCAUCAAGUCGGACGUCUGGGCAUUUGGAGUGUUGCUUUGGGAAAUUGCUACCUAUGGCAUGUCACCUUACCCAGGAAUUGACCUGUCCCAGGUGUAUGAGCUGCUAGAGAAGGACUAUCGCAUGGAGCGCCCAGAAGGCUGCCCAGAGAAGGUCUACGAACUCAUGCGAGCAUGUUGGCAGUGGAAUCCCUCUGACCGGCCCUCCUUUGCUGAAGUCCACCAAGCCUUUGAAACCAUGUUCCAGGAAUCCAGCAUAUCAGAUGAAGUGGAAAAGGAACUGGGGAAGAAAGGCGUACGAGGGGUUGCAAGUCCUCUGCUGCAGGCCCCGGAGUUGCCCACCAAGACGAGAACCUCCAGGAGAGCUGCCGAACACAAAGAUUCCCCCGAGGGGCCCGAGAUGCCCCACUCCAAGGGCCCCGGAGAGACUGAUGAGAAAGCUGAGGCCGAGCCGGGAGAAGUAACUUGCCCAGAUCCUCUGGACCACGAGCCCGCUGUAUCUCCACUGCUCCCUCGAAAAGAGCGAGGUCCUCAGGAUGGCAGCCUAAAUGAAGAUGAGCGCCUUCUCCCCAAAGACAAGAAGACCAACUUGUUCAGCGCCUUGAUCAAGAAGAAGAAGAAAACAGCCCCAACCCCUCCCAAACGCAGCAGCUCCUUCCGGGAGAUGGACGGCCAGCCCGAGCGCAAAGGGCCCAGCGAGGAAGAAGGCCGUGAAAUCAGCAACGGGGCGCUGGUUCUCGCACCCUCGGACGCAGCCGAGCCAGCCAAGUCCCCAAAGCCCAGCAGCGGGGCUGGCGUCCCCAAUGGAGCCUUCCGGGAGUCAGGGGGUGCAGGCUUCAGGUCUCCCCACCUAUGGAAAAAGUCCAGCACGCUGACCAGCAGCCGAUUAGCAGCCAGUGAAGAGGAGAGUGGUGGCAGCUCCAGUAAGCGCUUCCUGAGAUCCUGCUCUGCCUCCUGCAUGCCCCACGGGGCCAAGGACACAGAGUGGCGGUCGGUCACGCUGCCUCGGGAUCUGCAGUCCACGGGGAGACAGUUUGACUCAUCCACAUUUGGAGGGCACAAGAGUGAGAAGCCGGCUCUGCCUCGGAAGCGGGCAAGUGAGAACAGGUCUGAUCAGGUGACCAGAGGCACAGUCACUCCCCCACCCAGGCUGGUGAAGAAGACCGAGGAAGCAGCCGAUGAGGUCUUCAAGGACACAGCCGAGUCCAGCCCGGGCUCCAGCCCUCCCACUCUGACUCCAAAACUCCUCCGGAAGCAGGUUGUGGCCACGCCUUCCUCUGGCCUUCCCCACAGGGAAGAGGCUGGGAAGGCUAGUGCCCUGGGGACACUUGCUGAGCCGGUGCCCCCCAGCAGCAGGGCAGGGCCAGGUGCAUCUGGAGGGACCAGCAAGGCCCCUGCCGAGGAGUCUAGAGUGAGGAGGCACAAGCCCUCCUCCGAGUCCCCAGGGAGAGACAAGGGGAAGUUGUCCAAGCUCAAACCCGCCCCACCACCCCCACCACCAGCAUCUGUUGGGAAAGCCGGGAAGCCCUCUCAGAGCCCGACCCAGGAAGCAGCCGGGGAGGCAGGUGCCAGUGGAAAAGCAAAAUCCGUGGCUCUGGGUGUGGAUGCUGUGAACAGUGAUGCUGCCAAACCCAGCCAGCUGGGAGAUGGUGCCAAAAAGCCCGUGCUCCCGUCCAUGCCAAAGCCACAGUCGUCCACCAAGCCGGCGGGGACUCCGACCAGCCCAGCCCCCGCUCCCUGCACGUUGCCCUCAGCAUCCUCUGCCCAAGCAGGGGACCAGCCGUCCUCCACCGCCUUCAUCCCUCUCAUAUCGACCCGCGUGUCUCUUCGGAAAACCCGCCAGCCUCCCGAGCGGAUUGCCAGUGGCACCAUCACCAAGGGUGUGGUGCUGGAUGGCACCGAGGCCCUGUGCCUUGCCAUCUCCAAGAACUCCGAGCAGAUGGCCAGCCAUAGCGCCGUGCUAGAGGCUGGCAAAAACCUCUACACUUUCUGUGUGAGCUACGUGGACUCCAUCCAACAGAUGAGGAACAAGUUUGCCUUCCGAGAGGCCAUCAACAAACUGGAGAAUAAUCUUCGGGAGCUUCAGAUCUGCCCAGCGACAGCAGGGAGUGGCCCGGCGGCCACUCAGGACUUCAGCAAACUCCUCAGCUCCGUGAAAGAGAUCAGUGACAUCGUACAGAGGUAGCAGAAGCUGGGCGUCAGGAGCCUGCAGUUCGCGUGGGACCCCACCCCACCCCCCGUGCCCUGGCCGGUGACUGACAGCUCAGCGCGCUGGGACCUGGGCGCGGAGCUCGGGCGCCUGGAGCCCCGCCCUCCUACCUGCGAGCGCGCCUGCUGCUCUCCCGCACUGCUUCCUCCUCAGCCCGGCUCCCCGAGCCUCCUCUCCCGAGUUCUGUCUGUGGAGUUCCCGCUCUGUGGACUGCACAUAGUGCUUCAAAACUGAGCUCUUGGGGCCUGCUGGGAAGGUGGAUGAGCACUUCCUUUUCAUUUUUCUUUCUGGAGGACCUCCUCUGGCUGUGCCUUCACCUCUCUUUCACCCCAAGAAGGAGUACCCUGAAUGGGAGCUGUCACCAAGGCCUUGGGACUGUCAGUCCACUCACCCUGGGCAGAGUCUGUGCACGCGUCUCCUCGGGCCCCCUGUGCUGAAGACUUGUUUCUGGGACCACAUCCUGGGAAGUGCUGCCAGCUGGUCACCCUGCCCGCCCCUGCUGUCAGGGGCCCGUGUCCGCACCGUUUCCUCAUGUGGAGGACAGCUCUGGAUUUGGGGGGUAAAACGGGGUGCUAAAACCAACUAGCCUCUGGGUCCCGGGACCAGUGGGGAGGCCAGGGAGGUCCGUGGUGUGGGAGAGGGGCCUUGUCAUCCGUUCUUGCCAUGUCCUUCGAGCCCAGUUCCUUGCUCUCUUGUGACAUGCACUGCUAAUCCUGGAUAGAAAGCUUGAGUCUUGAGGGGUGGCAGGGUCGCUGUUCAGCCUACAGGGGCGGGGAGGCAGGAAGGGUGGCUCGUUGGGUGAGCAGCGGGCCCCUAGAUGGCCCAGCGCUGGGCCUAGGCAGGUCUGCAGGAGGCGCAGAGUUUCCUUCCUUCCCAAUUUCCAGGUGCCCUGUAGAGGCACUUAGUCUUGAUCUCUGGUUGAUCUCUUUCCACUCCCUUGUACUCCUCUCAGACAAAGGGCUUUUCCUCUUGUGACAAGCCAGUCUUCAGUUUUCUGGAGUUCUUGAAGCGUUUCAGAACCCUGCCUUCCGCACAGGUGCCUCCAACACAGAAGGAGCCGCCGUUGUGCCAGUGCACAGACAGGAGGCAGUGGGCUGCAGCUGCACCCUGGUGAACAGAUGUCUUCUGUAAUUACCACGAGCAACACAUAGCCUGGUUGUUUCUGUCGGGGUCAUCAGGGAUGAAGAAAACCACAAAUAAAUGAAACCCCAGAAAGUGUCUCAAAGAGCAGGCUUCAGUGUAAUCACCCCAGGCUGCCCAGGACUGGGCUCAUGGGGCAGGAGCCCAAGGGUCCUUGACCUUGACCUAAGAGCAGCUACUGAAGAGCGGGCAGGCACCUGCCUGGGCCUGGCGCCAGGCUCAGGAAUAACCUGGGAGAAACCACCUUCCACUCCUCAUGCCUUCUCAUGCCCGUGUCCUCGCACGGGCCCCCUUUUUACACUAAUCACCUAAACUUGUAUUUUAUUUCUCUGGUAGAGGUGGUUCCUCUGGAUCGUUUGAUGCUGUUUUCACAGCGCAUCACCUCUUUGCCCCCCCACCCCGACUGCUCUGUUAGACAGGGAGGUGCUCGAACAGCGGCCUUGCAGACAAAGCAAAACAGACCCACCCUGGUUCCCUCAGCUGCCUGUUUCUAUGAGGUACCGGUCUCUCCUUGUUCACACGAUGUGCCACUAUAUUUUGCAUUUAUACUUUGAUAUUACACUCUUUUAUAGACUUGCUCUUUUAUAAAUGACGUGUAAAUAGUUUUCCACUAUCCUCCCUUCUGGAAUGCCUAUGGUGUCUUCUUUUUUUUUUUUUUUUUUUUUUUUGGUCCAGUACAUUUUGUUUCUGUACAUGACUCUGUUUUUUGAAUCCACGUCUCUCCUCUGUAGUAUUUUUUAAAUAAAUGUUUACAUCGUUAGAACUUG